AUGGCAGCCGGUUUCAAAACGGCAGAACCUCUCGAAUAUCACAGAAGCUUUUUGAAAGAGAACUGCCGGCCUGAUGGAAGGGAACUCGGAGAGUUCAGAGCGACAACGCUGAACAUAGGUUCCAUAAACACUGCCGAUGGAUCCGCUUUAGUUAAGAUCGGUAACACCACGGUUAUUUGUGGAAUAAAAGCGGAAUUAGCAGCACCCACAGUUGAUGCGCCUGAGAGCGGCUACAUUGUACCGAAUGUGGACCUACCACCACUGUGUUCCUCCAGAUUCCGGCCGGGACCACCAGGAGAGAAGGCCCAGGCAGCGAGUCAGUUUGUCGCGGAUGUUAUUGAGAGCUCUGAUGUAAUACAGAAAAAGGACUUGUGCAUCGAAAAAGGAAAGCUUUGCUGGGUGCUCUACUGCGAUAUCAUGUGUUUAGAUUACGAUGGAAAUUUGUUGGACGCGUGUAUCAUAGCUCUACUUGCGGCCCUGAAGAAUGCACAACUUCCAGAAGUGACAAUAAACAAAGAGACAGAUUUGGCAGAGGUAGACUUCCAAAAGAAGAAUCGCCUCAAGAUCAACAGACAUCCUACUGCGUCCUCGUUCUCCGUGUUUGACGAUUCGGUUAUUAUAGUGGACCCUACGGCAGAGGAGGAGGGUCUGUCUACAGCGUUAAUGACGGUGGUAACUGACGAAGAAGAUCGACUCUGCAUGCUACAUAAACCAGGAGGUUCAUCUCUGUCUGGAGAGAAGCUUCAGGAUUGUAUAAAUCGAGCGGUGAUGCGAAACCGAGAGGUCAGCAAACUGAUCGACAAGGUCAUGGAGAGCGUAAAAGCGAAAAAAUGAAGACAAAAGAGCGG